GGCGGGCGGCACGGGAGACACGCGCGGUCCUGACCCUAUGCGGUGACUCGCGCGGCGCAGGCGCCUCCUGCCCCGCCGGCGGGGCCCGGGCUCCCCGCGGCGGGAUGUUCUCCCGAAGGAGCCACGGGGAUGUGAAGAAGUCCACGCAGAAGGUGCUGGACCCCAAGAAGGACGUUCUGACCCGCCUGAAGCACCUGCGGGCGCUGCUGGAUAACGUGGAUGCAAGUGAUCUUAAGCAGUUUUUUGAGACCAACUAUUCUCAGAUAUAUUUCAUCUUCUAUGAAAAUUUUAUAACACUGGAAAAUAGUUUGAAAUUAAAAGGGAAUAAUAAGUCACAAAGGGAGGAGCUGGACUCCAUCCUCUUUCUUUUUGAAAAAAUACUGCAGUUUCUACCUGAACGAAUUUUCUUUCGAUGGCAUUACCAGAGUAUAGGCUCAACGUUAAAGAAGCUUCUACACACUGGAAAUUCUAUUAAGAUAAGAUGUGAAGGAAUCAGGCUGUUUCUCCUGUGGCUUCAAGCACUUCAGACAAACUGUGCAGAAGAGCAGGUGCUGAUCUUUGCUUGCCUGGUGCCCGGUUUCCCAGCCAUCAUGUCAUCCAGGGGGCCCUGUACACUGGAGACACUCAUCAAUCCUGGCCCCAGCGCAGCUGACGCAAAGAUAUAUCCAGAAGAAAUCACGCCACUCCUGCCAGCCAUAUCAGGGGAAAAGAUCACUGAGGACCAAACAUGCUUUUUUCUUCAAAUACUGUUGAAAUAUAUGGUUACUCAGGCCGCAAGCUUGGAGUGGAAGCACAAGGAAAAUCAAGAGACUGGUUUUAAAUUUCUUUUUACAUUGUUUAGAAAGUAUUACCUUCCUCAUUUGUUUCCAUCAUUUACCAAGUUAACGAACAUCUACAAGCCUGUGCUUGACAUCCCCCACUUGAGACCAAAGCCCGUGUAUAUUGCUACAACUCGAGACAGUGAGAACACUUACAGCACAAAAACCCCUUACAUGGCAGCUCGUGUUGUUUUUAUUAAGUGGAUCGUGACUUUCUUUUUGGAAAAAAAGUAUCUAACUGCAACACAAAACACUAAGAAUGGAGUUGAUGUAUUGCCCAAGAUCAUUCAGACCGUCGGGGGUGGCGGUGCGGUGCCGGAGCGGGCACCGGAGCUGGACGGCGGCGGGGUGACCGAGCAGGACAGAAGCCACUCGGACAGCAACACCCUGUGUGAGCGCCGGCUCAGCAGCUGCAGUGUCUGUGGCGUUGAGGAGGAGCACCGCGCCGUGUAUGAGAUGGUACAGCGCAUCCUCCUGUCCACGCGUGGCUACGUCAACUUCGUGAACGAAGUGUUCCGCCAGGCAUUUUUGCUGCCUUCCUGUGACAUAGCUAUAACCAGAAAAGUAGUUCAAGUGUACAGAAAGUGGAUCCUCCAGGACAAACCUGUGUUCAUGGAGGAACCAGACAUAAAAGAAGUUGCCCAAGAAGAUGCUGAAAAAUUAGGAUUUUCAGAGGCUGAUAACAAGCAGACCUCAUCUGAAAGUUCUGGUCACAAGCGAUCUUCCAGUUGGGGACGAACUUAUUCCUUCACAAGUGCUGUGAGCAGAGGGUGUGUGACCGAAGAGGAGAAUAAGAGCGUGAAGGCUGGGGCCCAGGCUAUGCUGCAGGUAUUUUUGACAAACGCUGCAAACGUCUUUUUGCUGGAACCGUGUGUGGAAGUUCCCAUGCUCUUGAAGGAGCAAGUUGAUGCCUGUAAAGCUGUUCUGAUUAUUUUUAGGCGCAUGAUAAUGGAGCUUACAAUGAAUAAAAAGACAUGGGAACAGAUGUUGCAAAUACUACUCAGGAUAACAGAAGCUGUCAUGCAGAAGCCAAAGGAUAAACAAAUAAAGGACUUGUUUGCCCAGAGCUUGGCAGGGUUACUGUUUAGGACGCUCAUAGUGGCCUGGAUCCGCGCAAACCUCUGCGUACACAUCUCUCGGGAGCUCUGGGAUGACUUCCUCGGGGUGCUGUCCUCCCUCACGGAAUGGGAGGAGCUCAUCCACGAGUGGGCCAGCAUCAUGGACUCCUUGACGGUGGUGCUCGCCAGGACCGUGUACGGAGUCGAGAUGGCAAACCUACCUCUGGACAAAUUAAGUGAACAGAAGGAAAAGAAGCAGCGAGGCAAAGGCUGUGUUCCAGAUUCUCAGAAAGGAACCACCGUGGGGAGAUCCUUUUCUCUGAGCUGGCGGAGCCACCCCGAUGUGGCCGAGCCCAUGAGAUUCAGGAGUGCCACCACAUCUGGGGCGCCAGGAGUUGAGAAAGCGAGAAACAUCAUCCGCCAGAAAGCAACCGCUAAGCGAAGCCAGUCUAUCAGCAGCUGUGCCCACCUCUCUGAGGCUUUGCCUGCCACUAAAAGCGUCCCGCUUCUCCUCCACACCGUGAGCGCUCUCUUCCCUGGUCUAUCUUACACCUCUUGCUCUCACAGGCUGUCAGAAGUGGAAGAAUGCCCGCAGCCGGAAAAUGCAGCUGCAGCCGAAUCCGGCCCCGUGGCAGCAGCCGAGCAGCAGCCAAUGGUUCGGAGCAGCAGCAGCCCUGACGUCACGGAGCCACUGUGCUCAGAGGCCCCUCCGGGUCAAAAGGUAGAAAAUGCACAGAAUGUGAGUUCUUCAGAGCCCAGGCCUGUUCAGGAGAACAAAGGACAUGAGAAGAAAGAACAUGAAGGAAUAACAAUCUUAGUACGAAGAAGCAGCAGCCCUGCUGAAUUGGAUAUGAAAGAUGAUUUGCAGCAGACGCAAGGAAGAUACAGGGGGAGACAGAAGAGUGACAGUGUCAGCAGUGACCCUGCUCUGGGCUGCAACACCGAGGCAGAGCUGUCCCUGAACCCGUGGCAGAUCUGCGAGGAAGACCCGGAACUGAUCACGCCUACGGAUGCUGUGACUGACUCCGAUGCCCGUCACUGGUUACAACUCAGUCCCACGGAUGCUUCCAACCUCACAGAUAGCAGUGAAUGCCUUGCUGAUGACUGUAGCAUAAUCGCUGGGGGGACUCUCACGGGUUGGCACCCAGACUCGGCCGCUGUGUUAUGGCGAAGAAUCUUGGGAAUCCUCGGAGACGUGAAUAAUAUCCAGUCACCCAAGAUCCAUGCCAGAGUGUUUGGCUAUCUCUAUGAACUCUGGUACAAGCUCGCGAAGAUACGGGAUAACCUAGCAAUAAGCCUGGAUAACCAGUCUUCUCCGUCUCCUCCCGCCUUGAUCCCACCCCUCAGAAUGUUUGCAUCAUGGCUAUUUAAGGCGACAACACUGCCCGAUGCAUAUAAGGAAGGCAAACUCCAAGCCUACAAGCUGAUCUGCGCCAUGAUGACCCGACGCCAGGACGUGCUGCCCAACUCGGACUUCCUGGUGCAUUUUUACCUCGUCAUGCACCUGGGACUAACCAGCGAGGACCAGGAUAUCUUAAAUACCAUUGUAAGGCACUGCCCACCCCGCUUUUUCUCCCUGGGUUUGCCCGGCUUCUCCAUGCUGGUGGGGGACUUCAUCACGGCCGCUGCCAGGGUCCUCAGUGCAGACACGCUGGCGGCCCCUCGUUUGGAAGCCCUCACCAUUCUUGGGUCUCUGGUCUGCUUUCCCAACACCUACCGCGAGAUCCCCAUGUGGCAGCCGGUGCCCGAAGUUACUGAAGUCACCAGGGGAACGGAAGAUGUCAAGCACUACCUCAUAAAUAUUUUACUGAAGAGUGCCACAGAGGAACCAAAUGAGUGUGCAAGGUGCAUUGCCAUUUGCUCCCUUGGGGUCUGGAUCUGUGAAGAGCUUGCACAGGGCACGAACCAUCCUCAGCUGAGAGAGGCCAUCAACGUGAUAGGCGUCACUUUGAAGUUUCCUAACAAAAUCGUGGCCCAGGUAGCUUGUGAUGUGCUUCAGUUGCUGGUUUCCUACUGGGAAAAGCUUCAGAUGUUUGAAACCUCUCUGCCUCGGAAAAUUGCAGAAAUCCUCGUGGCCACAGUUGCUUUUCUUUUACCAAGUGCAGAGCACUCCGCAGUGGAAACAGAUAAGAAGUUCCUCGUGUCCCUGCUGCUCUGCCUCCUGGACUGGUGCAUGGCGCUGCCGGCGGGCGCCCUCCUUCACCCCGUGUCCACGGCGGCCCUGGAUGAGCAGCCCACGGCCCGGACCCCCUUGCUGGAUUACAUCUACAGGGUUCUGCACUGCUGUGUUUGCGGCUCAAGCACGUACACCCAGCAGAGCCGCUACACCCUGACCCUGGCUGACCUGUCGUCCGCGGAUUACGACCCCUUCCUCCCACUGGCAAACGUGAAGAAUUCUGAGCCGGUCCAGUUUCAUUCUUCAGCAGAACUGGGCAACCUGCUGACUGUCGAAGAGGAGAGGAGGCGGAGGAGUAUGGAGCUGAUCCCGCUGACUGCGCGCAUGGUGAUGGCGCACCUGGUGAACCACCUGGGACACUUCCCCCUGCGCGGGGGUCCCGCCGUGCUGCACAGCUUGGUCAGUGAGCACCACGACAACACACACGCCGACGCUGCCGAGCUCUCCCCCGACGUGUUCAGGAGCCCGAACCUGCAGUUGUUUGUGUUCAACGAUAGCACCCUCAUCUCCUACCUGCAGAUACCCGCGGCAGGUCCUCCCGGCGGGUCGGCAGCACGCGCCCCCUCGGACGUGAGAGUGAUCGUGAGGGACAUCUCGGGGAAGUACUCCUGGGACGGGAAGGUGCUCUAUGGACCUCUGGAAGGCUGCUUAGCCCCAAAGGGCAGAAGUCCCUCGUUCCUGAUCUCGGGCUGGCAUCACCAAACACCUGGACCUCAGAGGGAUCUUUCUCAGACUGAGGAGGGGGAGGAUGUCCUCAACAAAUUACUUGAAAACAUUGGCCACACGAGUCCCGAAUGCCUUUUACCAUCACAGCUCCAUCUCAACGAGCCUUCCCCACCCCCGUGUGGAAUGAACCGUGCCCAAGAGAAGGAAAUCACUGAGAUCCUCCUGCGCCAGAGUGCACAGGAAGACGAGUAUGUCCAGAGAUGUGACUUGGACGUGGCCAUGAAGGUUGCCAGCCAGGAACCGCCAUCACCGGUGGAGCCCCGGGGAGCCUUUUACUUCUGCAGGUUGCUGCUUGAUGACUUGGGAAUGAAUUCUUGGGACAGAAGGAAGAAUUUCCAUCUGUUGAAGAAAAAUUCAAAAUUAUUGAGAGAGCUAAAAAAUCUGGACUCCCGACAGUGCCGUGAAACGCACAAAAUCGCAGUGUUUUACGUUGCUGACGGCCAAGAAGACAAGUGCUCUAUCCUUUCCAAUGAAAGAGGAAGCCGAGCGUACGAAGACUUUGUUGCUGGACUGGGAUGGGAGGUGGACCUCUCAACCCACUGCGGGUUCAUGGGCGGACUUCAACGCAAUGGCAGCACGGGCCAGACUGCCCCCUACUACGCUACCUCGACCGUGGAAGUGAUUUUCCACGUUUCAACUCGGAUGCCAUCAGACUCAGAUGAUUCGCUCACCAAAAAGCUCCGUCACUUGGGGAAUGACGAGGUCCACAUCAUCUGGUCUGAACACUCCCGGGACUACCGCAGGGGGAUCAUCCCCACCGCCUUUGGAGACGUUUCAAUCAUCAUCUACCCCAUGAAGAAUCACAUGUUCUUUAUCGCGAUAACGAAGAAACCCGAGGUUCCGUUUUUUGGGCCCCUGUUUGAUGGAGCGAUCGUGAGUGGGCAGCUCCUGCCAAGCCUUAUCUGUGCCACUUGCAUCAAUGCCAGCAGGGCCGUGAAGUGCCUCAUCCCCCUCUACCAGAGCUUCUACGAGGAGAGAGCUCUGUAUCUCGAAGCAGUAAUCCAGAACCAUCGCGAAGUCAUGACGUUUGAGGAUUUCACAGCCCAGGUCUUCUCCCCGUCUUCCAGCUACUCCGUCAGCGGAACUGAUACGUAAAGGCCUCAGCGCAGUCUUUGUACAAGAUUGGACGGUAAGGCCCAGUGAAUUUCAAAAAGAUUCAUAGCUUCAUUUAUGCUGCAGGAAAGUCCAGAGCAAAGACUGGGAAGAAAGACCUUGGUCUGUGGGUUCAUUCAGCAAACACCCCUGCACGCACCGCUCCGGGCGGGGGUCCAGCCCUCUUCCAGGGGCCGUGGCACAACCUCCCUCCAACCUGUGCCCACGUGGGCCUCCCUCUGCUUCCUUCCAGGGCCCUGGCCACCAGGCUGAGCCUCCUGCAGGGCGCCUCUCGGGGAGGGGGAGACGGCUGAGAGUCCCCCACUUCCCCACCAGAACCCCCAAACCCAGACUCCGGGAACAUCGCUGCCCUGCUGGUACCCUCAGCCGGUCUCCCCGUUCACCGUCUUCUGAAGUUGAAGAGGAAUCCCACCGAAAUGCUGUGGAUCGGACUUUCAAACUAGGCGGUGGCAUCUCAGGAACCUUGGGCUUCGAAAGAAGAAAAGAAAAAGUCGCCAACAACCGGAGACUCGCCCACUGUCACGCGGCGCCGGAGGGGCUGCCCUAGCAGAGGAAAACGGAGAAGGUUCUGGGCUUUCCGGGAGGGCGGGGGGCAGCCGACUCUGUCCCUCGGCCGUUUAUAAACCCAUCAUGUCUCACCGAGGGGCCAGCCAAAUGCCUGUUAGGUUGUUGGAGGAAUGUUCCCUGCCUUGAUUUUUCUCAUUCUUCUUCUGUUAGGAUUUAUGGUUAGUCCAAAAUUUCAUCAUCAUGGAAAUUGGCUUUCCCUAGAGUCUCGAGCCCGGGGGAUGUUUUACCUUCGUUGCUGUGUGUAUUCCACCUGGUUCCUGAUGCCCGCUAACUGGGGAGAGGUUUCCUGCCCCUGGCCCUGCUGGAGGCCCUCCAGGUGAUGACGGUGAAGCUUCUAUCACAGAGCACUCAGGUGAUUCUAGAAACACAGGGUCCUGUCCCUGCAAAGCUCCCUUCCAGGCACCUCCAAAGGCUUUGCCCUGUGGUGCCCUGCCAGCAGGGGCCUCACACAUGUUUCCUGACACACAGAGGUUUAGGGUGACAGAUCCCGAGCAGAGGGUGUGUGAUCCCUACUUUGUACCCAUUUGCCUCCCCAAGGAAGGCCUGUUCCAUCUUUUUUUUAAAAAAAAAAGAAAGAAAGCCCCACCUUCCGUCUGUGCUUGCCGGGCACUCUUGCUGGGGUCGGGGUGUUGGGUGCAGGCCCUCUCUGCUUAUCAUCUAGGCCCUCGGGCCAUCUGCAGAGUAAGCCCGGGGCUCAGAACACGGAGCCGCCAGCUAAGGGCUUGGAAAGGUCUCUGCGCAGGUGCUUCCCCGCCCUCCCCUGCCCUCCUCCUCUCCGCUCUUGCCCUCACCUGUGCACACCCUCCAGCCUGCCUUGGCCACCUUCCUGCUGGGCCCACUUUUCCGCAGAGCUGCCGAUUUUCCUGACCACACAGGUCCAGGUGGCUGGGCUGGUACCCGACGUUGGCAGGAGAGGUGGGCAGACCCAGGAGCCAGCCUUGGUGUGGGGACAGUGGAGAAAGGCUUUCCUGGAAGGCGGGGGCUUCUAAUUCUCGAGGGAGCUUGUUCUUCUGUUUUACAGAGGAUUGCAGGUAGGACUUGAGGCCAGGCCCACAGAAAGGGGCAGCUCGAGCACCGCUGGGACCCGAGAGAACCAGGUUCAUUCCAAACAGAAGCAGCGCUCCGGGCUGGCCUGUAAACGGGGCCGAUUUGUUGCCUGAUUGGGGGCUUAGUGGCAACAUAAAGGGUGACUGGAAGUGACAGCCUUUUCUGCUGUGUUAGCAGCUGUCAUGAUUCUUAUCUUCCCGGGCACCCCCUCCCCGACUUUUUUUUUUUUUU